AUGAGUAGUGAAACACAGCAACAACAAAUAAAUACAAAUGAAUGUGAGAAACAAAAAGAAGAGAUAAUAAAAGAAAUUAUUGUAAAAGAAGAACCAGACAUAAAAGAAGAAAAGAAAGAAAUUAAAAAACCAAUACGUGGAGCUAAUGUAUCUGGAAGACCAUGGAAAGAAGCAUAUAAAAAAAGGUCAAUUAAAGACAAUGUAGCAAUGGCUGGAAUUAGUUGGGAAGAAAAAAUGGAAAUGAAGAAACGUAGACAAAUGAUGAGAGCACUUGACGAAGAGAUUAGAACAAGACAAGCAGAAGAAGAAGCAAAAAGAAAAGAAGCAAGAAAGCAGGCAAUUAUUAGAAAGAAAGAAAACAUUGCCAAAAAUACUAUUGUUCAACAAAUUACAAAUAAGAAGAAGUUGAGACAUAUGAGUGGGAAACAAUUUAGACAAUUACGUACAUUCCACUUUGAUGAAAUUGAAUAA